AUGACUGAGAAGACUGAGAAGGAUUCUCAAAUUGUCAGUAAAAGACAAGAAGAUCAAUCUCUACCUGAUAAUGGAUCUAAUAAAAAACAGAAAACUGAGCAGCCAAGCGAUUCGGAGCAGUUGGGUGUAAUUCUCAAAGAUACCAUUCCUGGUCUUGAACCUCCGCGGACAGAUAUGACGCCCCAAGGUCUGUCAUCUCUUAACGAUGGAUCCAAAAGCGGCGGUUUUGAGGUGGAUUUCGAUAAUUUGCCGGCAGAAUUAUUAGACAAUGCAUAUGAAACUAAAGGAACGAACGAUGAGAGAGGCGCAACCCCGAGCGAAAGAUUGGGCUCUAAUAAUGAGUUCAGGCCUGCUUAUGAGUCUAGAGCCACAGUUCCCCUGAUAACUACGGCAGCUAGGUCAGAAAAAGUUUCGGCUCCGAUAAAUAGGAUGAAUCCUUUAGUCCAACAGGCGCAUGGAAUUCAAGGUUUGAAUACAUCUAACAUAGACAGGCCUUUGAGCUCGACAACCAACACAAGUAACAGAGAUGAUUAUCAUACAAAUGAUCCAUCUAAAUUAAAUGAUGCUAUUGCAGCUGCAGGAGUUGAUAUACAACAGGAAGAGGAGCUUUUGUUACAACAGCAGAUUUCGAGAAGGCCAGAUAUAUCUCGCGAUCAGAUGCUGAUGAUGAGAGUUUCAAAAAAUCCCUCCUUCUUGAAUCCUUAUCAUGUUGCUAUAUUUAUGAACAAAAUUGCCAGAGAAAAUGGCAUUGUGCAGAAUUUUUAUAAUGACCAUGACCUUUUAGAUUCAAUAUCGGCAUCUUGUGAAAACUGGAUUGCUGACAUAGUGACAAAGACAAUAGCUUUAUCUCGUCAUCGUCGUCGGGGACAGUACGUGUAUACGAAAAGUAAGAAACCAAGCUCAGUCCCAAGAUCAGAGCUUUCUAAGGAAUUGCGAAAUAUAGCGGCAAAGCAAAAGGAGCUUGAAGAGAAGCGAGUUUCGAAACGAAUAGCGUUGGGCCUUGAACGAGAUGGUGCAGAUGCAGGAGAUGGUUCUAAUGGAAAAGGUAAAGCUGGUGCAGAAGAAACACUUCAUAGAGCAGCCAACGCAACUGCGGCUAUGAAGACGUCAAAUCCAAAAAAGAAAUACUCAUGGAUGAUUCCAAGCGCAGCUACUUCGGAAGAUUCGCGAUUCAAUUCUGAGAAAGACACUUCAGGCAAACAGAGUUCUAUAAUUCAAAUAAGGGGAGACAACGGCUUAAGGUUCAGAGAAAUUCGCCCAAGUAACGCGAUUACUACCAGAGAUUUGCUUGGCGUAAUCGAAGAUGAAAGGAUUGGCACUGACAAAGCAGUUGUAAAGGGCUAUGCGAAGUUAAAAGACUGA